AAGGUCCUUGAGGAACAUAGUAUAUGUGACUUUGUCGUUAUAUUGCAGGGGAUGUGUUUUAGCCUUCCUACCCCUGAUGAUCCCUUCAAUGAUAGGCAUGGUAAGAAGGAAUUUCAAACAAAGGAAACCAAGAAGAAAAUGCCUUUGCAAGCGGAUAAGAAGGCAUUUGUUAAGGGCAAGAGUGAUAUUUUGAAGAAAGGAACUAAUGGCAAGAACAAUGGAAUGGUAGAUUGUGUAGAACGAAUAAACAAGAAGGUUAUAAAUUUGAAGAAUGAGCAGUCAAAGUCAAUUACAUCUAUAGAUAAUAUGGGGCUGAGAAGCCCUAUUAACUUUGGAAGAACAGAGAUUCAGCUGAAUGGGAAGGGUUUUGCCAAUGGUCAUCAAGUACAAGCCUCUGAAAACUCUGACUGUCCAUCAAAGUUUCUUAUAUUGUGCUUGAAUGCCAUACAGAAUGCAUUGCAUCAUGAGGGUACCUACAGUGUUGAGGAGGGAAAGCCUUUGUUUGUCAACUCUUGGGGAAUUGAUUUCUGGAGAUGUUAUUCUUCUGAAACGGAUAUAUUGGAGACAAGUGGGUCUUCUUCUACCACUGAGCAAAUUGCAUGGAUGGUUUCUACAGCUGCUGAUAAUAUUGCAAGAAAGGAGAAAGAAGGUUUUUCAUUCAGCAGCCCCUUCCUUUUAUUCCUUGUACCAUCUCAAGAAAAAGCUGCUAAGGUACGCUCAGUUUGCAAGCCUUUGAAACCAUUGGGAAUUCAUACAGUGAGUCUGCAUCCUGGUGCUGCCUUAGAUCACCAGAUUAAUGGUUUGAAGAGUUGUGAGCCUGAGUUCCUUGUUUCCACUCCUGAGAGACUUCUUGAGCUUGUUUCCUUGAAGGCCAUAGAUAUUUCUGGGGUCUCUAUGCUGGUUGUUGAUGGACUGCAAUCUCUUGGUAAUGGUGGUCAUCUUAGUACUGUGAACUCCAUCAGGCAGUCUAUUUCCGGAAAACCCCACACUGUGCUUUUCAGUGAUUGCCUUGGUUAUGCCUCUGUUCCAGCAGUGCAAAAUCUUCUGACUGGAUCAGUUUAUAGAUUAUCUCUUAAUGAUUCAAUUUCCAGUCAAAGCUCUUGCAUCAUCCAAUCCAUUAGUGUGUUUGCCUCAGAGGAAGAAAAAUUAUUGAAGGGCAUCCAAUUGUUGGAUCAUGCGUAUGCCAACCAUCUCUCUUCUCAGCCUUUAAAGGUGCUGUAUGUUGCUGGGAAAGACAGUAGGUUUCAAAAGUUAGUGUCCUCCCUUAACUUAAAGGGUUACUCCAUCUCAGUGGGUUCAAAUUCUAUCGUUUCAAAAGCAAAUAUCAGUCUGGAUGCUGACAACAGAAUUAGACCCGAUAUCUCAAUAAUUGACGAGGAACAGAUUAGCAGGGCUGAGUUAUCUGAAUAUGAAGUUGUAAUAAUCCCAGAUUUUGUUACAUCAAUCACAAAUUAUGUUCGAAUUCUGACAAGCAUGGCCCGCCACACUGUCAGGGGCGUAUUGCAUAGCUUUCUUACUAAAGAUGAUGCACCGCAUGUGGGAGAAUUGAUUGAGAUCUUGGAAAACUGUGGGCAGACUGUGCCUGAAGCUCUAAGAGACUUAUGCCUUACAUCACCCAUGGUGGAAUCAUGAAAUUUUGCUGGAAAUAUAACUUUAUUGAGCCGUACCAAUUAUUGUACAAAGAGAAAACUUUAAAUGUGUAGCAUCAUGAUGAUUUGCUUGAGAAUUUCAGGUAAAAGAAGGAAUUAGAGGCUGAAUUUAGAGC